CUAGAACUAUAGCGCCCAACGUCACGGGGACUGAUGAUCGUUUCACGGCCUGCCAGAGCUUGGACGCAGAAACUUUUUUUUUUUCGUCCUUGCUUUUGACAUCAUGGUUUCUUUCUUGUUCUCGCUGUCAUUUUCCUUCUUCUUGUCAUCUUAUAUCUUCUUCUUUCUUUCUCUUCUUUUUUUUUCCUCGUCCACUUUAGCUCUUCGUGUUCUUUGGAACAUCGGGAUCGCCUUGUUCAAGGCUUCCAUGAAACAACGCCGGUGGUGGGCAGAGAUGGGAUGGGCGGCAGUGAUGGAUGUGUGGAAGAAAUGAAUGGGUGUGCAGAUCAAGGGGCCCAAGCCAGCCAGCACCACACGCAGGCGACACAGCAGUGGCAGGCUCUUCAGGGCCACCACCCCACCAGCACGGCGCUUGCUCCCGUGUGUCGCGAGUGGAGGAAGGACGGUGUCCCCCCUCGAGCCGUGGCAUGAGCCAUGAGCUGUCGUGUUGCCGUUAGCCGCCCGAAGGGAUGCGGGGACUGGGGGUCCGCCGUUGAGGACGGCGCCAGCACCAACGAGAAGAGUUCAGACGGGGCUGGUGCAUGAGCCGUGCGUCGUCGCCAUGCAUCCAGGCCCUGCAGCAGCAACCAAGACGCCCUGGCCGUCCAACGUCGCAGCCAUUGGUCGCGCAUGUGUGACUCCCAGCCUGAUGGGCAGUCAGGAGGCAGGCGAUGCGCCGCUGCCGAAUUGACACGUUGGAGAUGCCGGGGCGCCUCGCUGGCAUGAGAUGGAACAUGAAGGGUGCCAGGGAGGGGGCAAGGCCAGGCCGGCAGAGGAGCAGCAGCAGAGGAACAGCCAGCAGAGGAGCAAGCAGGGAACAGCAGCCGGCAAGUGGGUUCCUGCCAGCUAGUGCCGUGGCCGGCCCGUCUGAUAAAGAGUCAAUCUGUCGGUCAAACAGAAACCCCAUGUCUUUUGCUCGAUUUUUUUUCUCUUGUCACCAGCGCGGUGAGUCAAAGGCUGGCCAGGGUGGAUCAGUAGCCAACCUCUUCGUCUAGCCUUUUACGCCCAGCCUUCUUCGGACGCAUCGCUGGAAUGCCGUCACGGCUCACGGUCCUCAGGGGAGCACAGACCAAAAUAUCUGUCGCACUUGUGCCUUGUCCCGUCUGCCCUCCCUCUGUCGCCCUCGAUCCGACGUCCAGUGUCCAGCACCCAAGUUGUCUGCGCCCGUCCCAUAUGGAUCAAUUACCACGGCUAGUCAAUCGGUGCGUGAGGUAAUGUAGAUGCGUGGUAGAGCUGCAUUGAGGCCGUGCGCCUGCAUCAAGGCAAUCCGUCAGUCAAUCAUGGGCACUCGUGUUUUUGCUGGCUGCGUCACCCGUCCGCCUCGAGCUUUCCGGGUGGCCAAGACGCCGUGGGCGGGCUGGCUCCAGGCUGGGGCCCUCCCUUCGGCCCUUCGCUGUCGGCCACCGGUCACCGGCCACCAGGCGUCUGGUCCUGAUUGUCGCCGGUAUUGGUUGGCUGUAUUUCCCUUGGUCCGUCGCAUUUUGCUGCCCAGUGUCGGGUCGAGCUUUACAAUUUGAUGGAAUCCAUCAAUUCAGGCCCAGUCCAGCCCCAGCCAGGACCCAGUCAGGACCCCCCGCCCACCGAGCCCGCACUUGACUCAAUCCAUAGUGGGGCCCUCGAAGCGCCUAGCACAAGCUCCAGUCCCUCCCCGGGACCCGCCGGGCUGGGCAAGCUUAGGCCUUGAGGCGGGCCAUUCAUUGAGCGUCACGGCCUGGCCACUGCUAAUGGCACAAGCUAGCAGCAGAUCUGGACCUCCCAUUGCCAAACAGCAUCUGGAACGCGCAGAUUCAUGCGACCGUCGAUGCUGACUGGCUGCCCACCCAGCCCCGGCCGAGACCACAGCUCCCCUCCGAGCUCGAGGGCGAGCCUCGUCCGCCUCAAUCAGGCUGCCACAUCCGAGUAGGCAAGCAGCAUCGACCGAGAUGCCUUCAGACACCGCACAAUGGAUUUCUGGUCACGAUUGCUAGCCCACACUCCUCUGUCCUCGGACAGCUCCCGCCGAGACCAUGCCAAAGACCCCUUCCGCCGCCUCCAGCGGUUCGAGAAGAAAUAUGGCCAGAUGCUGCAAAUAUGGAGGAGCACCUCCAACCUCGCCCGUGACGAAGACGCCGCCGAGGCCAUCGAGGAGCGCCUUGUGGAGCUUACGGCGAUCCUGGCCGACGAGUCGCGCCGUCCACUGCCACACCCCUGCAUCGCCUUUUCCGCCUCCAAACAAAUAUAUGUGCCCGUUUCCAAGAUAGCCACCACCUCGUAUGACGAAUGUAUAGUUCGCGAGGCCGUCCUCUUCUUCGCUACUCUGAUCGAAAGUGAAGAGGAGGCUUUUGUCGAGAGCGAAGCCUUCGCCAACAGCUUGACCACCCUCCUCCUCCGCAUCACCGGCGCCAACAGCUUCCAGCUCGGCUCCGAUACCGAGAUCAGGAUCGUCGAACUCGCAUUCAACAUCACCACCAAGAUCCGCCUCGACCCGGCCAGUGUCCUCGCCGCCUGGUUCAAAUCCUCACCGCCUCCGCCCCCGCCCCCGCCCCCGCAACAGCAACAACAAACCGUCUCUUCUGAUGCUGGACCAGAGAAGCAGUUGCAGGAUAGCCACGACAAGUUCGCGGGUAGGACCCAAAAACAAGACUUUCCACUCUUCUACCUCCUGGUCGACUACAUCCACCAUGAGGGCAAGGUCGGCGACUUUGCUCGCACAGGUCUGCUGUACGUCAUCGAGGCCGCCUCGAGCUCCGUCGACCUGGAGCGAUGGAUCGUCGAGAGCGACUUGUCAACCCUCAUGGCCACGGGCCUAGGUGCCCUCUACAGCCAGCUGAGCCGGAAGCUCGUCAUCGACCACCCCGCCGACCAACUACCUCCCAUCCUCGCCCUCUCCGACUACCAGCAUCCCAAGUCUACCUACGAGAUCGUCAGCUCUUGUUCCCCCGAGUUCCAGGCGCACCUGGACACCUUCCUGUCCCAUCUUCUAUUCUGGCAGGAUGUCCUUAACCACUGCAAGUCGGUCGAGGUCAAGUCGACGCUCCUGGAACAUUUUCGCAUAAUUUUCCUUAAACAGCUAUUAUACCCCUCGCUGCUCGAAUCUUCUGACAUGGAUGGUGGCUCCUCUGUCGCCGUCCUGACAUAUCUCCGUCGUAUUCUGGAGUCCCUCGACCACCCGGACAUGAUCAGCCUCAUCCUCUCGUACCUUCUGGCUCUUCCGGAAGCUGCCGCCUUGGAGACGUCCUCUGCAGAAGGUCCUCGCAACACAGUUAGCGCGGCGCGCAAGCGCAAGUCGAUGGACCUCUUGAGCAUGAUUGCUGCUCAGUCCGAGACUGCUGCCGACCCGCUGCUCUACAACCUGGUCGACCUCAUUCUCUCCUGCUUGCGCUCCCACAGCCACCAGACCAUCCACGUCACUCUCCAGCUCGUCUCGGCCAUCUUGAGGCGGCACCACCGGUAUGCCACGGCGACCCUGCUAAAAACGGAGGGCGUCCACAGCGCAGCGCGCCGCCGGACAAUCGGCGCGCACAGUCAGGAGGUGGAUUUCUUCAUGUCUUUGGCCGGCGCCAUUGGUGGUCAGGACGAUUUCGAUGCGCUUUACGAAGACUCCCUUCGCGAUGCCACCACCCGUCUCGAGUCGCAUCCGUGCUCGCUCAAACUUGUCGCGCCGCGCACGUCGACUGACAACCACGACCUGCCCGCCGUCCCGAUCGACAGCUUGCCAGGUGCGCCGCGCGAUGUCCACCGACACACAGUCCGGCCCGACGACCCCCUUUUGAACGCCGUGCUCGACCUUCUCGAAACGUUCUUCGUCAACCCCAUCGAAACGAACCUGUCGGUGACGGAGACGCUUUUCGACCUGGCGGUUUGCGGGUUUGUGAGCAUGGAAGGCUGGAUGUUACGACACCCAGACAAGUACACGUUCGGUGACGAUAACGACGACGACGAUGACGACGACUACGACGACAGUCAACAGCCUCUAAGCCCAGCCGCUCUUGACCCGGACUCGCCCGAAUUUGCCGAGUUGCGCCGGGCGCGCGAGAUGAGGAAAUGCAGACGGCGACCUCGAUGGUCUCCCAUAGGACUUACCCGACUCCUGGCACUCCUCCAGACGCUCUCGGAACAGGUUGAGGCCUAUCGCGAGUCUGUUCCGCGCUUCGACGAUUUGCUCCAACAGCGACGAGAGGCCUUCCAGACCGCAAACGCCUCAGGCGCCUCGGUCAACCCGCAGCCCGGCGCCCGCAGCAGCAGUGGUGGUAGGGCCGGGGCCGCAAUAACUCCGAUCAUGGGCACCGGCGAGUGGCGUCAUCGCUCAAGUGUCAGCGACUCCAGGAGCUCUUCACCUGGCGGCAUACCUGCGGCGCUCGAGGGAUUCGCACAGCGCAUUCUCUCGGAGCUCGGGACUCCCAGCCGCACUGGUAGCCCGCGCGGAAGGAAGGAUUCGGCCGGUGAUCGACUCCGUCCCGGCGGUGGUAGGUCCUCAACCUCGACCCCAUCCUUAUCGCAGGGCGAAUUCGCCGGCGGUCAGUGGAGCGCCUCAUCGACGGCAAUGACAGGAGGCUACGGGCUCGCAACGCCGACAGCGACGUCCACCAUACCUCCCCCCAGAUACGACAACCCGACAGCCUCAAGCUCGCCAUCGAGAGGACCUGCCGGAUCCCCUAUGCGUUCGGGCGGCGACAGGGGUAGGGAUCCAGCCGUAGCUAGUCAGGUCGAGGCGUUCAAGGCGAUCGACCAACAGAUCUUGGCCAGGCGCGUCUGCCUCCCGGCUGUGACGCGGAUCGUGCAGCCAAUCCCACUAGACCUCAGCGGGAAAAAGCUGGCCACAGGAACCAAGGAACCAGGGACUGGUGACCUCGAUGGGGCACGGGAUGGCGAUGUUACGGACGAGAAGACGCAGGUGUCGCAGCAGCCAAUGUCGCUUGAGAUGGAGCUGGCGGCAGAAGAGAAUGGCGACGGCAAUGAGGACGAGCAGCAUGAGGAAGCGGCCACAGACGCGCCUGCCAAGGAGCCUGAGGAGCCCAAGACGGUGUCAGUGUCUCACCUCCUCACGAACGUGCUCGUCCUUCAAUCAUUCCUAUUCGAGCUGGCUAGCCUUGCCCAGGCCAGAGCGGCUCUAUUUGACGAGGUCCGAUUUGCGUGAGCAUUACGACGCCAUGCGUGAUAUUUUCCGGCUUAUCUUUUGGGGACGAGCCGCUGGAUACUGGGCCGGGCCUCUUGUUUUUGUCUUCAGAGCACCUUGGGCACAUUUGUUUCAGGCCAUUGGUUAGUUUCGAACCACAGACAGCACGUCCAUGUUUGGAUUACGUUUUAUAAAAGCGAUGAGCUGGAUCGGGUCACUUGUUGUACUCUUUGUAGCAGAAUCCAGUGAGAGGGAGUAUCACGGUCAGGAAGCAAGCGUGGCAUGGAUCGAAGCAUCAUUGCUCAUUAUAUCCUACCCAGUGAAGAGAAAGAGAUAAAAAAAAAAAAUGCCGGCGUAGAAGGCGAAUAAGUCUCCAAUGGCAGAAAACGCGGCAAAACCAAAACGCAUCGCAGUAAAGAUGAUCGAACCCAGGAUCGAACUGAGGACCUUGAGCGUGUUAAGCUCACGUGAUAACCGACUACACCAUUCGACCGCUUGGCGUGCUUCUUGCAGGUCGGCGAUUCGUGCGUCGCUCAUGUCCCCGGGCGGCAACGACACGGAGGGGAGGAGUGCCCCACCCCUGGUGGUGGUGGGAACAGAUGAGGAGAGAGCGGGCAAGAAGUGAGGCGAGUGGCUUCCAAGGCGGUCGCCGACCACCUGUCACGCCAGGAUGCGAUGCCUGUUCCCACCGGUUGGAGCUUUGGAUGGGGUCUUUAUACUGGAGCCGUCCCGCAUGGCUGCCCAAAGGGCCAGGGGCCGGUUGGUGCGGGGUCUGGGGUCCUGACGGGGGGAGGGAGGGUUUGUGGGUGGAACUUUGCAGUGAAGCUAGCGGAGUAGAUCAGCUAUCGAUAUAGUAAACAAAACCGGUCUUCGCCGGGUCCCAGUUCAUCUCCCUC